CUUCGCACUUGAGAGUCCGACUUCAGAGGAGAAACUACGGGCAGAGUCAGUCGGGGCAAAGAAGAAAUGCGUCGUCUCGUUCUUAGCAACCCUUUCGUGGCGGUUGUCGCACCGAUCCUUCUCGGUGUGCUGGCGCACAAGCUUCUGAGUAAGAGGAGAGCAAGUGCGCAAAGAGACGCGGAUGAUCAGCAUCCUGGUACGCCUAGUAUUCCGAUCCAGCCGAGUGAAAAUGACUACGGCGUGUUCUUAAGCUUUCGAGGCAAAGAUACUAGAGAGCGCUUUGUCGACCACCUCUACUGUGGCCUCGUCAAUGCCGGGAUCUGUGUCUUCAGGGACGAUGCUGAGCUCCUCAAAGGCGAGGAUUUGAGCUCAAAUCUUCAGGAAGCCCUUGAGAACAGUAAGAUUUUAAUCCCGAUUAUCUCUGAGAAUUAUGCUUCUAGUAAAUGGUGCCUUGAUGUACUGGUUCGCAUGAUGGAGUGCCAAAAACACUUGGGGCGGUUAGUGUUGCCCAUAUUCUACAAAGUGGAACCUGCAGAUGUGCGAUAUCAAACGGGUCAUUUUGGACAGGCAUUUCAUCGUUCUCAGGCGCGUUUAGCCCAAAAGGUGGUUGUGCACAAAUGGAAGCAAGCUCUCGGAGAAGUCAGUUCCUUACGAGGAUGGGAAGUUGCUAAUGGGAGUGAAGGAGAAUUGGUAGAAUUGGUUGUGCACAAUGUUUUGAAAGAGUUGAAGAAAGCGGUGGAGUUGGUUGUUAGUGAUUAUCUGGUUGGCAUUGACAGUUCUGUGGAGGAGGUUAUGGAAUUGGUAAAUAAGAAUGCUAGUGCUACCAUGCGUGUGGGAAUUUAUGGAAUUGGGGGAAUUGGUAAGACGACUCUUGCCAAAAUUAUAUAUAACAAGUUGUCCAAUCAAUUUGUGCAUCGUAGCUUCAUUCCAGACAUCAGGGAAUCAUGUAAUUGUAAUGGUAUUAAUUACUUGCAAAAUAAAUUAAUCUUUGAUAUGCAGAAAGAGAAAAUUCAAUUUUGUAAUAGCGACGAAGGAAUCAAGUACAUAUCAUCUAGGUUAAAAGAUAAGAAAGUUCUCAUUAUUCUUGAUGAUAUGGAUACCGCUAAUCAGUUAGAGGCUUUGGUUGGAAAUCCUGUUUGGUUUGCGUCAGGAAGUAGGAUUUUUGUUACCACUAGAAAUGAGAGUGUUCUUGAUAGGACUGGAGUGGACAUCAAGUACGAACAUAAGCAAAUGGAUGAGGAGCAAUCUCUUAUCCUAUUUUCUAGACAUGCAUUUCAAAGAGACUGUCCUCCAAGUGAAAUUUUAGCUCUCUCUCGUCAUGUGGUAUCUACAACGGGAGGAAUUCCCUUGGCUAUUGAGGUUGCAGGUUCAUUUUUGUGUGAUAAACCAUCACCAAUUUGGGAAGAAACAAUACAGAAGAUGCAAAAUAUACCUUACAUGGCAGUGCAAACAAAGUCAAGGAUAAUUGAUGUAGAAGUGGAGGAGGAUCAAAGAAAUGUGGAAGAUGUGAAUCUUGCCACGUCUAGUCCUUCCAUACUGCCAAGUGAAAAUGAUUAUGAAGUGUUCUUGAGUUUUAGAGGCGUAGAUACUCGAAGAGAUUUCACUGACUAUCUCUACAGUAGCCUCAUCGAUGCUGGAAUCCGUGUCUUCAAGGAUGAUGAUGAGCUCCGCGUAGGCGAGAGAUUGAGCGAAGAUCUUAUGCAAGCCAUUAGGAACAGCAACAUUUUGAUCCCAAUUAUCUCUGUAAAUUAUGCUUCUAGCAAAUGGUGUCUUGAUGAACUCGUUCAGAUGAUGAACUGCAGGAAAUGCUUAGGGCACAUAGUGUUCCCUAUAUUUUACAAAGUGGAACCUGCAGAUGUCCAAGGUCAAAAGGGUUGUUUUGGAGAGGCAUUUCAUUAUUCCGGAAGGCGUUUCGAUCCAGACUCUACGGAGGAAUGGAAGCAAGCGCUGAGAGAAGUCAGCUCCUUACAAGGAUGGCAGUUUGCUAAUGGGUAUGAAGGAGAAUUGGUAAAAUCAGUUGUGCAAGAUGUUUUGAACGAGUUGAAGAAAGUGGUGGAAUUGGAUUUUUCUAAGAAUUUGGUUGGAAUUGAUAGUCAUGUGGACGAGGUUAUGAAAUUAAUAAAUAAUAGUUCUGGUGCUACCUUAUGUGUGGGAAUUUAUGGAAUGGAGGGCAUCGGUAAGACGACUCUUGUUAAAGUCAUCUACAACAAGCUAUUGAAUCAAUUUGAGCAUUGUAGCUUCAUUGCAGACAUCAGGGAAUCAUGCAAUCGCAAUGGUAUUAGUUACUUGCAAAAUCAAUUAAUCCGUGAUAUAUUGCGAAGAAAUAUUCGAUUGCAUAACACAGAUCACGGAAUCCACAUCAUCUCAUCUGAGCUUAAAGAUAAGAAAGUCCUCAUUAUUUUAGAUGAUGUGGAUACCAUUGAUCAAUUAGCGCCUUUGACUGGAAAUCCUAAUUGGUUUGCACUAGGAAGUAGGAUCUUUGUUACCACUAGAGAUAAGAGUGUUCUUAAUAGGGCUAGAGUGGACAUCAAGUAUGAGCUUGAGGAAAUGGAGGAAGAGAAAUCUCUAGUCCUAUUUUCUAGACAUGCAUUUCGAAGUGACUCUCCUCCUAGAGAGUUUUCAGCUCUCACUCGUCUUGUGGUAUCUAUAAUGGGAGGGCUUCCCUUAGCUCUCAAGGUUAUAGGUUUAUUUUUGUGUGGAAAACCAGAAAAACUAUGGGAAGAAGCGAUACAUAGGAUGCAAAAAAUGCCUCAAAAGGAAGUGCUAGAAAAGUUGAUGAUAAGUUAUGAAGGAUUGGGGGAGGAUCAAAGGCAAAUGUUCCUGGAUAUUGCUUGUUUUCUAAUUGGGAGUGAUGCAAGAGUUGCGUACUACAUGUGGGAUGCUUGUGGCUUUUCUGUGGAGGAAGGAAUUGGAGUACUGAGAUUUCUGUCGUUCAUAAGUAUUGGGAAUAAUCAUGAGCUCAUAAUGCAUGAUCAAAUGAGAAUUCUUGGUAGGGAAAUUGUGCGUGCAGAAAACUACCACAAACCUCACGAACGUAGUAGAUUGUGGGAUUACGAGGAAGCCUUGGAAGUGCUAAAGAGCAAAAGGUAA